AGUUUACAAACUUUUACAAGUUAUCAUAACACAUUGUUAAAUUUUAAAAACAAAGUGCUUUCAUAAAAAUAGCGCAUUUUUAUUAUUUAAAAUAAAUUUUGAAAUUGAUGACAUAUUAUAAGAUUAUGUCAUUAUAUUAUAUGGAAUAUAAUUUGUUGUAUUCGAUAUUUAACCUUUAAAUACUUAUAUUAUGUUGUUAAAAAUAAAGUGUAUUUGUUAAUGUAUAUUUUAAAAUUUAAAAAAACGCGUUAUAAAUUUCAGAAAUAUUAAUAAAUAUUGUUUUUUCAUCUAAUUCUUCAUGUGCUCAAUACCAAAAUCAAAUGCAUUAAAUUUGUUUACUCGAUGUCCUGGAUUAUAUUGUGGAAGAGAAUUAUUAUCAGAUGGAAAUUGGAGUGACUGUGGUGCAUGUCCUCGAGGAUUUAGAGCAAAUGCCUCUUCAAUAUGUGUACCCUGUGAUGAUGAACCAAUGCUUUAUGAUUGGCUCUAUCUAGGAUUUAUGGCAUUAGUAGCAUUGGUACUACAUUGGUUUUGUAUUGAUAUGGUAUCUAACCAGCGUAAUAUACCUAAGAAAGUGAUUGCAUUACAUUUGUCUGCUUUAUUGGAAGUUGUUUCUGCAUCUCUAAUUACUUUACAAUUGACAGAUCCUGUAGGUAGUUUUAAAGUUAGAUCAUGUAGAGCUAUGAAACUUUCAGAUUGGUAUACAUUAUUACACAAUCCUAGUCCAAAUUAUGAAGAAACUUUACAUUGUACACAAGAAGCUGUUUAUCCUUUGUACACUAUGGUGUUCAUUUUUUAUGCUCUAGGAACAGCUAUUAUGUUAAUAAUAAGACCAAUUGUAGCCAAGAAAUUUUUACCAAGACAAGGAAAAUUUUCAAUUUAUGCUGCUCUUUAUUUUUAUCCUAUUUUAGCAUUACUACAUGCAGUUGGUGGUGGUCUUAUAUAUUAUUCAUUUCCAUAUAUAACUAUAAUAUUAUCUGUAUUAUCUAAUGCAGCACAUUUUUCACUUAAAUUAAAUCAGUCAAUGAAAGCAUUAUUAUUAAGUUGUGUAUCAGAUAUGAAAAAUGCAAUAGUUAUUUUAGGUCAUUGGCUUUUAUAUGGAUAUGGAUUAAUGGCUGCAGCAACUUUUCGUGGUUUUGGUAUUCAUCCAGCAAUGCUUGCUUUAGUUCCUUUACCUGCAUUGUUUUAUAUUCUUACAGCAAGAUUUACAGACCCACAUAAACUUCAUAUUGAAUAAAUAUAUAUUGUGAAACUAUU